GUAUUUUACAAAAUCUAAAUAAAUGCUACAUAUGCUCUUAUUAUACGUUGUUCAAUCAUAAAUAAAUGAUUGUUAGAUUUAACUAGGAGAUUGCUUAGAUAACUAUGAUCCUGUUUGUGGUUUAAAUAUCUCUAAUACGCCCAUCUAAACUUUUUUUAAUAAUUGUUAUGCUUGUAAAGCAAGUUAAGUGGUAAAAUUCAUAAAAGGAGAUUGUACAAAGAAUGAAGAUUAUAUUAAAAGUGAGAGCAGUUCUACAUCUUUAGGAGCUGAUAAUAUCACUCCUUAACCUACAAAUGGAAAUUAUUCUGAAACAAUUUCUUGUACAAAUCCUAGACCUAGUAUUUGUGAUACAAAGUAAAAUUUAUUGAUGAAUUUUUAGUGUAAAAUCUACAUGUGGACUUUUUGAUUCUACAACGAAAUGUACUGGAUUAAAUUGUUUAUAAUAAUUCUCAAAUGAAUGUUUAGCUUGUAGAAAUACUUCUAUUCAUAGUUAUUUUAUAGGAAAUUGUUCUGAUUACAAGUAAUUAAUAAAUUUAUUAUUUAAGACCCAAAACUCCUACUGUAAUUUAAUGUAAUACUUAAUCUUCUAAAAACUGCGAAUUAAAAGAAUAAUUAACAGUUUGUGGGUUUUUAGAUGAAACUGCAAUAUGCUAAAAUCCACCAUGUUUAUAACCAUUUGAUGAUAAAUGUGAACCAUGUUAAUAAGCUAAUAUAACAUCCUAUUUUAUUGGUGAUUGUAAUCAAUAUUAACAAUUGUUUUACAAUGCUUAAUAAUAAACAGAUUCCUUUGUGCCAAAUUAUUAAUAUUGUCAGGUUUAAAGACCUAUAGAGUGUGAUCAAGAAUAUAUUUAAACUUGUGGAAUCUUAAGAUCUUGUAAGGAUAAUGGAUGUGAAAGAACUUUUGAUAAUCCUUGCUAUGCAUGUUAAAAUAAUUAAAUUGAAGGUUAUUAUACGGGAGAAUGCAUUAAUAAUUUUACAAAAGUAAUCUCAAUUAUUAUUAUUUCUAUGUUAAUAUAAUGAUAAUAACUAAUUAAAUAUAUAUAUAUAAAA